GGAAGCGGUUUCUGUAACAGUAUUAGCCGCUUAUUGUUGCUAGGCAACGCAUGGUGAGCGGGCCGCGCGGCAGAUCCCACGAUGACCGUCAUCAACAGUCUGAUUCCAUCACGAUUUCUGACGCUCUUGGCUCACCUGGUCAUCGUUGUCACAAUUUUUUGGUCGAGGGAAAAUAACGUUUUAGCCUGCCUGCCUGUCAGUUAUACACAGGAUCAGUACAAUGCAGCGGACACUGAGUUGAUUGUGGCGCUGUCGGUGACAUUGGGGAUGUUUGUCAUUGAGCUGGCUGGUUUUUUUUCGGGAGUGUCCAUGUUCAACAAUACACAGAGCCUUCUAUCUGUGGGAGCCCAUGCUAGUGCUAGUGUGGCCCUCCUCUUCUACCUCUUUGAGGGCUGGCAGUGCUCCGUGUAUUGGUGGAUCUUUGCUUUCUGCAGCGCCUUCCCGGCCUUCACCGAAAUAAUCAUCUUCAUCGCUGUGCUCGGAUUUAAGCGCAAACCACUCUGAUUUCACUUUAUAACCGAGCUACUGUCAACACUAUC